CCCAGACCCCGAGCUGGACUGCCCAUCAGAACAUCAUCUCCCGCCGCGGGCUGCGCGAGCGCCGCGGGCUGCGCGAGUGCCGCGAGCUGGAAGCCGCCGAAACCGGAAAGCGGUUGAGCCAUGGUGAAGGGCCAGAGGUGGAAGGUGCUUGGAGGCCAAGAUGGAUUGAUCGCCCGAGAGGGCCCCGAGGAGUACUCUCGAAUCCUCCCAGAGGUUCUGCCCACUGGUGCUGUCGUGGAAGAACAGGAGCUCAAGGGGAACCGCCUGCAUUUCAUCCGGCUUUCAGGGCGAGGCCCCUACACUGGCUGGGUGGAUGUGAAGGAUGGCAGGACAGAGCUUCUGUUCAAGGUGGAGAAGAAGACGGUUCCCAGUGUGGUGAUGCCCACCGCGGUGGAAGAUGAUUUGGAUGGCACUGCCAAGCGAAAGAAAGGCGAGGAGAAAUGGCGGCCCAUGCCGGCGCCAGCGCCCGAGAUCCCCCUCAAAUCGCCGGGGGAUGGCAAGCUGCCCCGGCCUGGCCGCUUUUGGCGCGUGGUGGGAGCUCCGAAGGAUGGCUUGAAAGUGUGGCAGGGCGUUUCGGAGACGUCGCCCAUCUUCCCUGGCACACUGCCACAGGGAGCUGUGGUCGAAGAGGUGCAGGUGGUCGGGAACCGGCUGAGUUUCACCGAUUUCUCCAUGAGGGGCCCUCCAAGCGGCUGGGUGAACAUCCGCGAGAACGGCCGGGACAUGCUGGUCAUCGACACAGAAGGCUUAUCCACCUUGAACAUUGCUGAGGCGUUGAGAGAAAGCGCCGGGAUGCAUCUCGUGCCGCCGGCCAAUGUGGAGCCACCCUUGUCUGGGUGGGCCAAGAUGGCUGAGAUGUAUCAGAAGCCCGAAGAGAAGAACAGAAUGGACAUUGCGGCAGCAGCGGCAGAGACUGCGGACAGCAAGAAGCGGCGGAAGAGGCGUACUGUAGCAGCAAAAGAGAUGCCUCAGUUGGAGGAGCUGGCGCAUGCCACAGAGGAGACCUUGGUCGAUGUCUUGGGCUUCCCAGAGCAGGAAGCCAAGCACUUCGCCAUGCUCAACGAGGAGAGCAAGCAGAGAGUCAUCACCGAGUGUCGGGCCUUGAUUGACAUGUCCCCUCUCGAACGACAAGAAGCUUUCGAGAAGCUCCGGAAAGCCUGGCCGCGAGGACCUUUUCCCAGCUUCGCGAAGCCCUCCGAGAAUCUUCCUCCAGUCAGCAACAACUUGCUCCCACGCGGCACGUGCUUCCCUUUGAAGCGGCCCAGCAUGAAGACACCCGCGGUGUCCCAGCCUUUGGCUUCAGCAUUAGAUGGGAAGCCCGGCUUUUUUGCACCACAGCCCUUGAAGAAUGUGCCGGAACAGAAGAAAGCCCUGCAGAGCUUGGCGAAGGCAGUCACUCCAGACCCCUCACAGGAGGUGGCUUGCGACCCGUCCAUUGCCUUGAUGGAUCUCUGUCGUCUUCCACAGGCCAAGGCAGACCCCGAGAAGAUCUCCAAGACGGUCAUCACCAAGGGCAAGCUCAGCUCUGUGGACGUCGCCAUCUAUCUAGCAAGCGAGAUGAAGACCCGCCCCAUCCUGCUGGACAGUGGCCCGGGUGCAAAGUUGCGUUCGGCCAAGCUCAGCGAGGCCGACUUCCGCGGCGAGCGCGCCAAGGUGCUCCGGGACUCGGCGCCGCAGAUGGGCAACCUGGACCUGCUGACCUUGUCCAAGCCCACUUUGGUCGCUGAAACACAUAAGGACUACUUGAAAGCGGGCGUUGACAUUUGCUGCACCAACACCCUCAAAGCGAAUGCUUUAGCUCAGAAAGAGUACAAGACAGCCAAGCUCGUAUCUGAGAUGAACAAGUCAGCCGCUUUGUUGGCCAAGCGUGCUGCCUCAGAGGUAACCAAACUGGAUAUCAAGAAGCCACGCUUGGUGGCUGGUUUGGUUGGACCGUGUGAAGCUCGCACGAACUUCGAUGACAUGGUCGAUGCUUACAGUGAGCAGAUCAAGGGCUUGGCCGAAGGAGGAGUUGAUUUGCUGGCACUUGAAAUGUACGAUGCGCGAAGUGCUAAAGCUGCCAUCUAUGCGAGUGGAGAAGUUUACAAGCAAUUGAAGCAACGAGUUCCACCAUGUAUCAUCCACGUUCACGUCGACCCGAAAACGGGUCGCACCUUGGGUGGUCAGAGCGCCCAUGCCUUCUAUGUGAGCGUCAAACACUGUCGUCCGUUGGCGGUGGGCAUCGUGGGUGGUGCAGCCUAUGGGGACCUGGCCAAAGCGGGCAGCUUCAUUGGGAUGAAGUCAGGCGAAGCUGAGCUCAAGGGGCUGAAGGAGCUGCCGAACUUCGUGGGCCUCACCGAGGGGUUGCCCCAAGCCUUCUCAACCUUGGCGGCCCUGAAAGGGCCCACGCGGAGCCUUCCUGAGGUCAGCACAAAGCUGAUGGUUUCCGGGCUGGAGAGCCACACCGUGGACAGCUUCACGCUGGUCGGACAGCGUGGAAGCACACGGGCCUAUGGAAAGUUCAAGGAGCUCAUGGACGAUUUCAAGUCCAACGGACGCCAUUGUUCCUUGUCCAAGGCAGUGGACCUGUGCGCUUUGGACUGUGAGAGCGGUGCGGACAUCCUGGACAUUUGCGUGGAUGGUAUUGCAAAUGAUGGCAGCAAUCGUGGCAGCAAGACCCUCAUGAACAAGUUCACGACUCUUUGCGAUUCAGAUGCCAGAGUGGCAAAAGCCCCCUUUAUGCUUUGCUCUUCGGAUAUGAAGGUUGUCAAGGAAGGUUUGGGCAAUCUUCAGGGCCGGUGCAUUGUCAACGCCCUUUGCUUGAUGGUUGGCGAAGACGAGUUCCUCCAACUGGCAAAGGAGGUAAUGAAGUAUGGUGCAGCCCUGGUGGUCAUGGCCAUUGGAGAGCAAGGCCGUGCAGUGACAGCCAAGGACAAGGUAGAGGUGCUCCAGCGAAGCUACCGGCUAUUGCGACAGAAGCUGGACUUUCCUCCAGAGGACAUCAUCUUGGAUUGUCAUUUGCAGACACUGCGGCAUGAUGAGCAUCCAUCUGAGGUCAUGUCCGCCAUCUCCGAGCUCAAGCGUAGCUGCCCUCGCGCCAGCUUGACGGUGGGUCUCAGCAACCUCAGCGCAGCCUUUGGACGCCUUGGAAAGCUUCGAGAAGCCUUGCACAGCACCUUCUUGCAACAUGCCAUUCCCAAGGGUCUCAACAUGGCCUUGGCUCCUGCUGGCCGUCUUCCUUUGUAUGCGGAGCUGGAGCAAGAGACCAGGCAGGUCUGUGAAGAUGUGAUCCUGAACAGCAAAAAGGAUGAGACGCCGCUGAAGCGCUUCAUGGCCUUCCUGAACUUCCGCUCCGGUGCCACCGUUUGCCUGCCGCUUCAAGCCGCUGAAAGCGCGGAUGACGGAGCCUGGUGGACACUGCCCGAGUGCAAAGCCGCUGGAAAGGAAGCUCAACAGCAGUAUUUGGAGAAGCGUGGUCCAAAGCCACCAGCAGCACAGCAGAAAGCCUACUGGCAAGCUUUGAAGCCAGCCUUUGCCAACACAUCCAAAGAGCUGCUGCCGGAUGCUGGUUGCGAACGUCCCAACCCCGCCCGUGUGCCGGCCAGUGGUGGCAGUGGUGCAUUGCAACAACAGGUGAGCACGGCACUGGCGAGUGGCACCAAAGUGACCUUUAACAAUUUGCUGGCAUAUCUGAAUACGACUUUGGGCAAGAAGUUGCUGGUCACCGAUGGGCCCAAUGGGCCGCAGGACCAGCUCAGCGGUCAGGACGAGGCCGCCUUCCGUGGGCCCAAUCAACGCUUCCCAGCACAGGCCAAAAACAAUUUGGACUUGCUGUCCAUCACCAAGCCGGAUCUUGUGCUGAA